UUGAGAGAUGUUUCAAAAUUUAAAGCAUUAAAAGCAAAAACAAAAUUAAAUCGAAUUGACAAACCUAACUCAGAAGGGUUUUAAGAGUUUUGAGCUGCAACUUUCCAUUGCGCACACUUGCAGUUGUUCCUGUUUUGUGGUUCCUGGAACACCAUAACCACUUCAAUGGCUUCCUCACACCUCCUUUACCAUUCUCCUUCCCUUUCCAAAACCUUUAAUCACCCUUUGAACCAAAACCCUUUCACCCAAAACCUAAUUCUACCCCUCAAAGCUACCGUUAAACCGCGGAUUCUCAGAGCCGUUCUCUCCCAGAAGAUCACUGCUAAACUCCCACUUCAUGACUCCAAGAAUAAGACUCAUUUUCAGCACUGUUUCACCAAGUCUGAAGAUGGGUUUCUGUACUGUGAGGGCAUUAAAGUGCAUGAAAUUAUGGGAUCUGUUGAGAAAAGGCCUUUCUAUUUGUACAGUAAGCCUCAGAUUACUAGAAAUGUUGAAGCCUAUAGGGAUGCCUUGGAGGGUUUGAGGUCUAUUAUUGGUUAUGCCAUCAAGGCCAACAAUAAUUUAAAGAUUUUGGAGCAUUUGAGGCAGUUGGGUUGUGGUGCUGUGCUUGUAAGUGGGAAUGAGCUUAGACUGGCUCUUCGUGCUGGGUUUGAUCCCACAAGGUGUAUCUUUAAUGGAAAUGGGAAAAUUUUGGAGGAUUUGGUCUUGGCUGCCAAAGAAGGUGUUUUUAUCAACAUUGAUAGUGAAUUUGACUUAGAAAACAUUGUAGCGGCUGCAAGAAUUGCUGGAAAGAGGGUGAAUGUUUUACUUCGGAUUAAUCCUGAUGUGGAUCCACAGGUCCAUCCGUAUGUUGCAACUGGGAAUAAGAACUCCAAAUUCGGCAUAAGAAAUGAGAAGCUGCAGUGGUUUCUAGAUGCUGUGAAGGAGCAUCCUAAUGAGUUAAAGCUUGUAGGGGCCCACUGCCAUCUUGGAUCAACAAUUACCAAGGUGGACAUUUUCAGGGAUGCUGCCAUUAUUAUGGUCAACUACAUUGACGAAAUCCGAGCUCAGGGUUUUGAAGUUGAUUAUUUAAAUAUUGGUGGUGGACUUGGAAUAGAUUAUUAUCAUUCUGGUGCCAUCCUUCCUACACCCAGAGAUCUCAUUGAUACUGUACGGGAGCUUGUCCUUUCCCGUAAUCUUAAUCUCAUCAUUGAACCAGGGAGAUCACUCAUUGCAAACACUUGUUGCUUAGUUAACCGAGUGACGGGUGUCAAAACUAAUGGAUCUAAAAGCUUUGUUGUGAUUGAUGGAAGUAUGGCUGAACUUAUACGUCCUAGUCUUUAUGAUGCUUACCAGCAUAUAGAGCUAGUUUCCCCUGCUCCAGCAAAUGCCGAGAUUGCAAACUUUGAUGUGGUCGGUCCUGUCUGCGAGUCUGCAGAUUUCCUUGGAAAAGAUAGACAACUUCCAACACCAGCCAAGGGUACUGGUCUGGUUGUUCAUGAUGCUGGUGCUUAUUGUAUGAGUAUGGCAUCAACUUACAAUCUAAAGAUGAGGCCUCCUGAGUAUUGGGUUGAAGAUGAUGGAUCAGUGAGCAAAAUCAGACAUGGGGAGACAUUUGAAGACCACGUGCGGUUCUUUGAGGGCCUUUGAGCAGAGACCUAAUUUUUUGGUGGAAAAGGAUGUUCGAGAAUACAUUGACAUUGUCUGGAUCUGUUUCUUCUAUUCUGGUUUAAUCUUGGACAAUAUUUAUGGGAAAGCAGGUUAAAAAGAUUGACCAUCUAAACCAAAAAUUAAAUUGUGAUGGAGGUCAAGAUUCAUGUUUGGUGAAUUGAUCUGUGUAUUUAACGCUUCAUGUAAUAUCCUCCUUUCAGUUUUUAGUUUCUGCUCUCAGUAAAUGCAAUAGUGCUUUAAACUGCCACUUUAAAGUUGGAGCAAUAUGUAUGAUGGUUUUUGUUUGACAGUCUUUCAAUGUUGCUAUGUUUUGGACUUAUUUCUUCAUAAUGAAAUCUA